CAUUGGUUCGUUUUGUGUAAGCUUCCACCAAUUGUAUGUGCCGUUACAGAUCGGAACGGCCGGAUAAUGUUGACAAGUCGUGUUAUGCAGGUGCUCUCCCCACGUGUUUUGCAAGGGGUGUGUAAACGACAGUUUAUACGUAAGUUUUCCCAAACCCCAAGACUGGCAUCAUUACAUGAACAGCUGACUCAGACAACACAGGAGAAUGGUAUCAGGACGAUCUGUCUCAACAAUCCAAAGAAAAGGAAUGCCCUGUCACUGGCCAUGCUGCAUGCCCUGGAGGAUGACCUGACGAAUGAUGAAUACAAGGAGGACCUGAGGGUGAUCAUCAUCACACAUACAGGGCCAGUCUUCUCUGCAGGGCACGACCUGAAAGAGCUGACUCCCAAAGAAGGCCGCAGACAUCACCAGAAGGUGUUUAACACCUGCUCUGAAGUCAUGAUGCUAAUACAGGAACUUCCUGUUCCUGUUAUAGCCAAGGUGAAUGGGCUGGCCACGGCAGCGGGUUGUCAGCUGGUUGCCACCUGUGAUAUAGCUGUGGCCACCGACACCUCCAGAUUUGCCACACCAGGUGUCAACGUUGGCCUAUUCUGUUCCACGCCUGCUGUUGCUAUUGGCCGAUCUGUUCCUCGUAAGGUUGCGCUGGAAAUGUUGUUCACAGGGGAGCCUAUCUCUGCUCAAGAUGCGCUGUUGCAUGGCCUUGUGAGCAGAGUGGUGCAAGAGGACAAGCUUCAUGAAGAGACAAUGAAGAUUGCCAACAGGAUCUGUGAGACAAGUAGAAGUGUGACGGCCCUAGGGAAAGCUACCUUCUAUGCUCAGAUGAAUCUGGAGAGAAGCAAAGCUUACAAAAUCGCUGGAGGAGUGAUGACUGAUAAUCUGUCACUGAACGAUGGUAUCGAGGGCAUCAAAGCUUUCAUUGAAAAGCGAAAACCAACAUGGACGCACACCAUGGAAAAGCCAUAGUGAUUGUCAAUACUAGGAGGAUAUUUUCUGUUGCUACACUUGUGGCAUGAAGAUCAGUACUAUGCCGAUGUAUCUCAGUAGUUUGUAAGCAGAGAAUGAUUCACUUGACAUACAUUGAUAGGCAUGAGAAGUAAUCAGUGUAUCUCUGAUUGAUAUUAUUUGAUGUGGUAAGAGUGUAUCUUUUGCAUUUAUGAAAUGUACUUUUGAUAUAAAUAGAAUCUGAUUUGAAUUUGAAAUUUUGAUUUCUUAAAGAUAGUCAUCGAGUCAAACUAAAAGACUGGAAGAACGACAGUACCAUGUGACCUGUACCAUGGAUUCUCAUUCUGAACAAGUCAGAAUUACAUCUUGAUUAUAUGUAUCUGUCUCCAAACAAACAAAUAAUCAAUAAAUAUUGUACAGUA